CACACAGGCAGUGUGGUAGAGAGAGUGUGUGUUUCUCUUUGAGGGACAUUAGUGUGUGUAGAAGAAUCAGUGAUGAUGGAGUGUUUGUAUCUUCUGCUUGUUGUGUUUCACUUCACUGCAGGCUGCUCUCUCUCAGGAGAACAAACGUUAAAACUGGUCACAGGACACACCGGCAGCUCAGUACUGCUGCCCUGCUCCUGCACUGACCUGCAGACCAAACCUCAGAGAGUCACCUGGAAGAUUAACAGAGGUGAAAGAGAGUGGACUGAAGUGUUCAGUGCUGAUCAGUACAGAGACAGACUUCAUCAGUUUAAUGAAGACUCUCCUGCUAAUCUCUCUCUGCUCAUAUCUGACCUGAGAGAAGAAGAUGAUGGAGACUACAGGUGUGAGACUGAGAAGGAAAGCAGAGACUUCUGGCUGUAUGUAAAAGGAUGUGAUCUGGCGAAUAGUGAAGAGAUAGAGGAAGUGACAAGGUUCUCAGGAGAGUCUGUAGUCCUGCUCUGCUCCUGCACUGACCUACAGACAAAACCAAACACUGUUAAAUGGGAGUUUAGUUCAGAUAAAUCUGAAACUUCUCCUUAUGUAGAAAUCUAUUCUGCACAGACUGGACAGCACAGAGACAGAUUCAGACUGACCAAUAAGAACUCAGGAAACCUCUCUCUACUCAUAUCAGACCUGACUGAAGAGGAUCAGGGAGACUACAGUUGUUCAGUUCAGAGAGAUCGUAAAUAUAUCAGACUUCAUGUUAAAGUGAGAGAAACUCCAACACACUUAUGGACAACAGACCCAACAACAACUCCAUCAGAAGAUCCUCCAACUACAGAAACCACUGAAAGUGAGAGAAUCAUGAUGUGUGUUGCGCGUUAAUCUUCACUAAAACUGAUAAAGCUACACACACUUGCUGAUUCUGAAGAAAGAAUGAAUCCACGCUCCACACUGAUCUCUCUGCUGGGUUUCCACUGAACUUUUUACUGCUUUAUGGAAAUACUGCCAUAUCUGUACCUAAAUAAGAUUCAGAUCUUGAUGUCAGAGACUGAAAGGAAAUCUUCUGUCUCCUUUCUCCUCUUCCUUUAAUCACACCACUGAGAUUGAACUCAUUCUGAUGUUCAUCUUUAACACUGAUUUAACCUUAAUACUUCUGCAUUUUCAUCACUCUCUAACCACAACUUCACAUUUUUAUAUUAGAGACAGAGCUUAGAGCCUUUUACACCAUUUUAAUCUUCUCUCUGUACAGACAGUACGACAUAAUAAAUACAUCAGUGUAAGAUUUUCAUUUUGUGAUCUUUCUUUGUGAUUUGAGAGAUGAAGUCAGUACUGAAUCUGAUGUGUUUAAGAGAGUAAAACAGUGAGAGGAAAUCUGAGGAGUAAUUGUGAAGGAAUCUGAUUCAGCAUGACUGCUCACCAUUCUGUGGUUGUUAGAGGGCAGAAUUUGGAUUCAGACUUACAGAAUUAGUCUCUUAUCUUCUAUGUAUGUAUGAUGACUUAAUUUAAAGGGCUCAUAUCCUACAUCUGCAUACAUACAUACAUCCCCACAUAUAUGCAUUCUACAUUCCACCCACCAAACCCCCAAAAAACAGGACAGUUUGAGAUAUUUGUUUGUAUAUGUGGAGUGAAUGAUAUAUUUUUAAUUUUUAAUUAUGUUUAUGUACAACAUGAAAGUGAUAUGGAAUGGGAUAAAGGUGUCACUGAGUUUUUUUUAGCUGCAUCUGCUGUAUGUUUUUCUCUGCAUCAGUCAGGAGU